AUUUAUUUAAAAAAAAGAGUUCAAAUAACCUAUUUUUUUAUUUUUCCAAAAAAAGACCAUUCUGCCAAACACUGUUCGGCACUGUUCCUGACCGUUUAAAAAAAAAAAGAUUCACCAAAAUGUCGUCGUUUUGGUCAAGAAAAAAGCAAAAAAAUAAAAAAUAAAAAAUUACCAGUGCUCGGACUGAUGGAGUGACUUUGGGCCUCCAAAUAGCCAAAAUUGACCCUUAGUUAUUCUUGUUUAUAACUCAUGCUCAUUUUCAAAAAUGCUAAUCUCAACACUCAAUCUUUAUUGGGAUUUUUUUGACUUUUUCUCCAUGAACUAUACUUCUGAAAAUUCAUGCAGUCCACUAUGAAGAAUGGAGUUCGUCCCCAUUACUGAACAUCUUCUUUGUCUCUACGUUCUUUAUGACGCCAGACUUCACUUACACUACUAAUCACACGCCACACCAUUCUUUACCCAUAUAUAUUAGCGAUUGGUGAGUUGGGUAGGACAAUUUGAUGAUAUGGAUUUUCAAUGGAUGGUGGAGUUCCUGAAAGGCAUGCUGAAGCCAAUUGCCGCCACUGCGGUGGUGCUUUUGGCGGUGCUUUUGUCAUAUUUUCAGAGAUUGGGUUUAGGGUCCGAAAUGGUUUAUUCAAUUCUAAGGGCUUUUCUUCAGCUAUCUGUUAUUGGCUUCGUUCUUCAGUUCAUUUUUAGUCAGCAAAAUAGAGGAUGGAUCGUCGCCGCUUAUCUUUUCACGGUCUCUGUUGCUGGUUAUACAGCUGGUCAACGUGCCAAACAUGUCCCUCGUGGGAAGUAUAUUGCCGGAGCCUCAAUUCUGGUAGGAACUGCAGUGACGAUGUUGGUGCUAGUUGUGCUGCAUGUUUUCCCUUUCACUCCGCGCUACAUAAUACCCGUGGCAGGGAUGAUGGUUGGCAGUGCAAUGAGAGCCACUGGAGUUACAAUGAAGAGACUCCGAGAUGAUAUCAAGAUGCAACUAAACCUGGUUGAGACAGCAUUGGCUCUUGGGGCUACUCCUCGCCAAGCAACACGUGAACAGGUGAAAAGGGCUCUGGUUAUCUCGCUCUCUCCGGCCUUGGACAGUGCCAAAACCGUGGGUCUCAUAUCCCUUCCCGGUGCCAUGACUGGCCUUAUAAUGGGAGGAGCUUCUCCUCUGGAGGCCAUUCAACUGCAGAUUGUGGUCAUGUGCAUGCUCUAUGGAGCAUCAACUAUUAGCAGCAUCAUGUCGGCAUACCUCUGCUGGCCUGCCUUCUUCACCAAAGCUUACCAGCUAGAAACUAAGGUCUUCUCUUCGGAUUGAGGGUGGCAUAGUUUUAAACCCUAUUCCCAUUCCACUCAAUUGUGAUGUAACUUGAAUGGGGAGAGCAAUACAAAUCUUUAGGGCCUAGUGGUUGUUGUUUGGUAUGAAUCACGUCUAGGUGUGAAUCAUUAACGACAUUCACCAUUCAAAUAUUAUUUUUGCACCCCAUGAAUUUUCUAGCUCCAGCUUGAGAUCUACUUUAGAUGCUUAAAGAAAGAUGCAAGUGUGGUAUGUCAAAUAUUUGAAUUUGACAUUUCCAAUAUUUUAAGCAGAAACAAUCCUUCUGAGUUUUGACAGACUACAUAUAGAAUUUGGCUGUUGGAUUGCAAUUUAUGUUCAAAAUAGAGGGUGAAAUUGUUUUUGUUUCAUUCUAAAGAAUUGUAAGGAACUGUUUUGAGAA